AUGUCGUCAGAAUUUACUGGUGUCGAUGGUACAUGGAAAAUAAUUGAUUAUCCACUGCAUCCAGAAUGUGUUGGUUGUAAAUUUGAAAUAAAAAGCGAAAAUCCAAAUAAGUAUCGUCUUCAUGCAUCUGUAAUUAAUUCAAUGAAUUGUAGUUUGGAAUAUAAUCUAGAAAAUAAUGAAUGGAAAACUUCUUCCAUUAUGUCAACAUUAAUGGCAGGUUCACCAGAAGAAAUGAACAAAGAAAAUUUCAUAAAUGAUUUAAUCUCUAAUAUUAAACGUUUGCACGUUGAAGAUGAACAAUAUUUAAUUAUUCAAACGAAUAAUGGUGCAACAGCUCAAUUAGAACGUUUCUGA